AUGGAGGCUCUUCUGCAGGGGCGGACAGAAAGGUUCUUCGUGGCUGCAGAGGAUUUCACACUGUCUCUUUUGUGUACAUUUGGUGACUGGUACAACAGUUCAGGGCAGGCGGAGCGUCUCAGAAGACAGUUUGCCCUGACUAACACCUCUCGUACUGCAAUGGAACUGUUUGUUCAAGAGUGGCAGGUUUUUCUCCCACGUAGGCAGAUGAGGGUAUUCCAGAUCUGCCCCAUCCUAGGAUUUCUGGCUGUGUUUUUAACCACACCAAUCAUCCUUGCCCGGAUCCUGUCCCGAGCUCACUUACGACAACAGACUCGCUACCUUCUCCUGGCCAAUGCCCUGCUUAGUGACCUACUCUUUGUGGCUUUCUACAUGCUGACCACCUGUUUGAAUGCAGCCAGUGUGCUGAUGUCAGACUUGGCCUGCACUGCCAUGCUGUUCCUGAUGGGCAUCUUUUACAGCGGUGGGAUCUUCAGCGCCACUGCCAUAGUGGUAGACACUUCGUUGGCUAUAUUUGCACCAUUACGAUAUGCUAUGCUGUGGCCAGUCUCCAGAACCUAUGCAGCUGUCUUCACUAUCUGGGCCAUUUCUGUCUUCUUCCCUGCUGCAUCUGCAGGUCUCUUCCUGUGGUACCAUACGAUGAGCCCCUGCACCCAACACAUCUGCUCUCUGCCUCUGUUUCUAGUGCUAACUGUUAGCCAUUCGAAGCCCCUCCAGAUGUGCAUGUUACUAACAGUCAUGGCUGUCCUAAUCACCCUGCUGCUGGUGGUCUCUGGUUAUGUGGUACUGUACUGUCAUACCAGAAUGUCCGGAGUGUGGCAUGGAGAGCGAUCAUCCCGGGCUAAAGGAACAUUUCUUGUUCACUAUCUCCACCUGUUCCUGGCUGUGUGUCCCAUGCUACUACUGGUCAUCAAGUUGAUGCUGUACAGCUACAGCAGUAAGUUACAUCCCAGUACAGGCCUCUGGGUCUCGCUGGUGCUAUGCAACAUCCUGCUGGUUUUGCCCAAAGCUCUGGCACCCUACCUGUAUGGGCUCAGGUACAGGGACUUGCGUGGGGCUCUGCUGGAUUUUUUUAGGCUGAAUAGACCCAGGGCCAUCACACCUGUCAUGUGA